ACGGUUUUGCACGAGAGUAGGUCGGCUGUCCCCGCGGGCUUCGUCAGCCACGGCGCGGCGCCCCCUACCCAAGAACUGGACCUGCGCUUUGGUUUAGCGCCGAACAAUGCCACUGGGCUCCAGGCCAAGUUGAUGGAGCUCUCCACGCCCGGGAACGCAAACUUUAGGCAGUGGCUAACCAAGGAAGAGGUGAAGUCAUACAUGGAGCCUUCGGCAGCGACGGUGUCUGCUUUCAACGCAUUUGCUGCGUCAAAUGGCUUGAAGACGACUGGGACCUCCCCCAACGGCGACUGGGUGUCCGUGACUCUCCCUGUCUCACAGGCCAACGAACUGUUCAACGCCAGCUUCGAGCUGUUCUCGCACCCUGACCUGGACGUCAAGAUCCCGCGCACGAUGACUGUCUCCCUGCCGAGCGAUAUCGUCGGUGUGGUCGAUGUGAUACACCCUUCGACCUCGUUUGUCAAGCCCGUGGCUCGAUUGGCCCGGGCGCCAAUGAAAAUCGGUGUUCCGAAAGAGAAGCGCGCUAUCUCGGCCUCGUGUAAUACUAAUCUCGCGAGCAAUUUCAUGAACCCAGCGUGUCUGCAGGAGAUCUAUCAGCUCCCGACGAUGGCUGCAACUGCAAAGAACAACUCAUUGCUAGUCACCGGGUAUGCUGACCAGUAUGCUGAGAUUUCUGACUUGACGACGUUUUUGGCAAAGUUCCGACCGGAUAUUGCCACCGGGUCAAACGCGACAUUCGCGCUUGAGACAGUUGAUGGAGGCGAGAACAUUCAAGACCCGAACUUGGCUGGAGGCGAAUCGAAUUUAGAUAUCCAAUACACUGUUGGACUGGCUACUGGAGUUCCUGCCACGUUUUUGUCCGUUGGAGGCACCGAUUUCUCGACCAUGUUAAUCGACACGACAACCUUUCUUGAUGGUGUGAGCAAUCCGCCGUGGGUGAUGACCACAUCGUACGGAGUUGCCGAGUCGGCUUUCAGCAAAUCCGUAGCAAUCCGAAUCUGUAACGGUUUCAUGGCGCUAGGAGCCCGAGGUAUCUCCGUUGUCUUUGCCGCUGGAGAUGGGGGUGUUCGGGGUGCUCAUGACUCGAAGAAAGAGUGUAAAAACAAUACAUUCACGGCAGAGUUUCCCGCGGCGUGCCCGUUCCUGACGUCCGUCGGCUCAACGAUCGGGCUCCCCGAAACGGCGGCCAACUUCACGAGUGGAGGGUUCUCGGAUGUAUUCCAGUCGCCAGCGUACCAGACAACCCAGGUCGCGUCUUUCCUCAAGACCGUUCCGUCCGAUUUCAAGGGCAUCUUCAACCGCACGGGCCGUGGCUUCCCUGACGUGGCCGUCCAAGGCUAUAACUUCGAGCUCAUCAUCAGUGGUGCACUGGAGUCGAUCAGCGGGAGCAGCGCCUCGUCGCCCACGUUUGCCGCGAUCGUCGCGCUUGUCAACGACCGGCUGUUGGCCGCUGGGAAGCCCGUUCUCGGAUUCCUCAAUCCGUUCCUGUAUGCCAACCCACAGAUGUUCACUGACAUCAAGACCGGGCGCAACACGGGCGACGUCUGUCCUCCCUCCUCGGUCGCGUUUGAAGCCACAAAGGGCUGGGAUCCGUUGAGUAUGUCGUGAUGGCUUUCAGAAGCAUCCAGCUCACGUACAAUGUGCCGAUUCCUUCUGGCGACCCCACACCAGAGACUUUGGAUGAGGCCAUCGAGGAGCUUAGCAACCAACUCAGUUGGACUUCGACUGAGCACCUCCGUGCCAGCAUCCCGUUCCGCAAGGUGCGUUGGAUGAAAGCGAAGGGUGGUCCCCGCAAAUCCGGCAUGUCACACCUCCCUGUUGCCUCUGUUUUGGUACCUUUCUUUGCCGAGGCAGAUGCGAAUCGCCUCGUGCAAAAUGGUGUGUUCCUGUUCUCAGAACACCUCAGGGUUUCUCGAUACAGACCUCGGUCGCAAUCAGCCACACCGUAAUUGGCUUUGAUGCCCAUCACACCCUUUGCUAUUUCUUGAGGGCUGUAUGCCCUAUGUUUCAUGUUGCGCUCAGACCUACCUACAGUACAUGCAUGUCCCAUACAACCCCUACCUCCCCACCUUCAUCUCAUACAGUCAACGGCCGACAAGUCCAGUCGAUACCUCCUUCCCAGCUGCCUCCGGGCACCGCGUCUUAGUAGUUAGU